ACGUCCUCAGACGAGCCGACUUCAGAGGAGGAGGCGACGUCGUCAGACGAGCCAACUUCAGAGGAGGAGGCGACGUCAUCAGACGAGCCGACUUCGGAGGAGACGCCUUCGGACACGUCGACUUCAGAGGAGACGACGUCGGCCACGUCGAUUUCAGAGGAGACGACUUCGGACACGUCGACUUCAGAGGAGAUGACUUCGGACACGUCGACUUCAGAGGAGACUACUUCAGACACGUCGACUUCAGAGCAGGAACGGGCGUCGACUUCAGAACAGGAACGGGCGUCGACUUCAGAACAGGAAAGGGCGUCGACCACCAUCGACUUCCGGUCCGGGGGCGUCGGCCUCGGGUCCGGGGACGUCGACUUCUGGUCCUUCGAUUUUCGGACCGUCGACCUCUGGACCGGAACCGGAACCGUCUGCUUCUGGCCCGGAGGAGUCGGCUUCUGGUCCCUCGACUUCUGGACCGCCGAGUUUUGGACUGGAUCUGGUACCGUCUGCUUCCGGGUCGGUACCCUCUGCCUCUGGGCCCGCUCCGUCAGCUUAUGGGCCGGUACCGUCUGCUUCUGGACCCGAUCCGUCAGCUUCUGGGCCGGUGGCAGAGCCGCUGCUAGGAGAGCUUGGAGCGAUGAGGAGAGGCGGGAGGAGACGGGACUGGUGGUCUGGCCGUGGGCGUGUCCGAACAGCCGCGCCGGGCUGGGGCAGAAGCGGGCUCACAGCUCCGUCCAGAAGCGCAGGGCUGCGACAUCACAGAGGGUCCAAUACCUGCAUCUCUCACAGCCUCCUGAUAGUCACAAAGACAGUCUCUUAACACCUGAAAAGAGCUCAUCGUUCAGCCAUGGCUCCAAUCUGGCCCUGGGAAGCCUAGACUUCAGUGAAGUGACACAAUCCAAGACACUGCUACAGGAAGGACAGUGUUCUCGUAAGCAAAGCGCCUGGCCUCGCAAGGCCAGCACCUUGACAUUGAGAAAAACCCAAAGCCUCCGUUUGCCUGAGUGGUUUAUUUUCAGUGUCACUUUCAAAAUAAAAGCUGCCAAACCUCACGAGUUCAUCCACAAUUUCAGGAUCACACCUGUCAAGUCUCCCGUUUUGGGCUUGACACUGUUUUAA